GAAUCCGAGUACCGUUUGCAGGACUUCCAGGUUCCAGUGGAUGGAGGUGAGAUAUUGGUUAGGUGCUUGACACCCACCCCGGGCGGAAAGACUGGAACGGGGACGUAUCCGCUCCUGGUUUGGUAUCAUCUCUCAGGAUGGCGGCUUGCGAAUAUUGACGUGGAUGAUUAUGAUAUGAGGAUGAGAUGUGUCGAGUUUAAGACUGUUAUUGUCUUGAUUCAAUACAGGCGAGUAGUUUGCGUUCGGCUGUGCCCUGAAAACCCCUUCCCCGCAAGUCCCGAAGACGCCUACACGGGUCUUAAAUGGGUAACUACUCUCUUGGCUGUCGAGAACGCUUCAAAAUUAGGCGCAGAUCCUACCAAGGGUCUCAUCGUCGGCGGCGCGAGCGCAGGAGGGGGUAUGGCCGCCGGCAGCGCUCUUCGUGCGCGCGACGAUCCGUUCUUCGAGGGCAGACCGAUAACGGGACAGAUAUUGAACUAUCCCUGUGUCGUUUAUCCGCCUGCCGUUCCAGAGAAGUUGAAGCCUGAACUUCAGUCUCUUGGGGAUCCGGCAUGCGAUACCGGGGCCCUCAACGCUGCUGAGAUUGAGAUCAUCUUCGCGGAUUUCAAACCCACCGAGCUGAACGAUAUUCGCGUCUCGCCUCUCCUCGCACCUGAGCACAAGAACCUCCCACCCGCACUGGUUCAGGUGUGUGGUAUGGAUCCGUUGAGGGACGAGGGGAUUCUUUAUGAGAAGGUUUUGAGGGAGAGUGGCGUGCAGACGAGGUUGCAUACGUAUGUUGAUGCUGCUUUCUUCUUCUCUCUGACUUGUAUACCUACUCUGGGAUUACUUACGCGUGGUUUGUUCUAA